UCCUUCCUUUUCUUCUCCUUCAAAUUUUCCUUGCUCUCCUUCAAAAGUUCAAAUCCGUCGGACUCAAAAACUCUCGGACUCCGAUACUGUGCAGUGGCCCCAAACGGCACGUCGUUUUAGAGUUCCAGUUCCGCGGGAGAGGAGUCGUCGUCGUCGUCGUCAUGGAGCUCAUGUCUCAUUCCUCAACCUUUCUCCUUCCGGCGCCGUCCAAUCAAUCGCCACCGUCGCUGACGUAUGCGCUGGUGGUGCUCAACCAGAGCCUCCCGAGGUUCUCUCCAUUGCUGUGGAGCCACGCGCAGCUGCGAUUGUGUGCGGACGGCGGUGCCAAUCGGGUUUAUGAUGACAUGCCUCUGCUACUGCCUCAUCUAGACGCAUCAGAUGUUCGCAAAAGGUACAAGCCUGACGUUAUUAAAGGUGACCUGGACUCGAUCACAAAGGAAGUCUUGGAGUUUUAUGCUAAUAUGGGAACCAAGGUAGUUGAUGAGUCUCAUGAUCAGGACACUACUGAUCUUCACAAGUGUAUAGCGUAUAUAUGUGACUGGGCACAAAAGCUAGACAAGUCUAAUCUGUGCAUUUUGGUUGCUGGAGCACUCGGUGGAAGGUUUGACCACGAGAUAGGAAACAUCAAUGUGUUGUAUCGAUUCUCGACCAUUCGAAUAAUCCUUCUUUCCGAUGAUUGCCUCAUCCACCUUCUUCCACGGACACACCGUCAUGAGAUUCAUAUUCAAUCUUCAGUUGAAGGUCCUCAUUGUGGACUUGUACCGAUUGGGACUCCAUCUGGAAGCACUACAACUACCGGGCUUCAAUGGGAUCUAAAUGAAACAGAGAUGAAGUUUGGUGGUUUGAUAAGUACUUCAAAUCUUGUCAAAGAAGACAAAAUAACAGUGCAAUCUGAUUCAGAUCUUCUUUGGACUAUAACCAUAAAAAGGCCGUAGUGCAGUGCAUUUAGAGAUGAGAAGCAAAAGCCACAGAUGUCGCAAUCCUUUCUUGCACUGUCAUAGUUCCUUGAGUUAGCAGUGUUUAUAGUUUGAAAUCUAUCACCGUCUAUUCUUCCACGUUACCCCCCUCUUGAAGUCCUUCACGGUCUCUGUUCGGUUAGAUUGCAAUUUGUAUUCUAUUAGCAUCUCUAUCACGUCCAAAUGUCGCAUUAUCUUUUCAGAUUCUUGUCUAUGGUUAAGAGUCAUUAUUUGCAUUUGUUUGAUUUACA